AGAGUCACCUACUUUGACUGGGUCUUGACAACAGCUUUUUUGAGUUAGGCCUCAACAGCCAACCUUCAAAUCCCACUUGAGAACUCUAUGGCGCCUACAAGCUCUCACAGCUCAGGCUACCGGAGAGCACCAAGGCUGUCAAAUUACGACAUACAAUGCCAGAAUCACGAGUUGUCAAAGAAGCCUCGUCAGCAUCCUCGUCACGGCCAUAUGGCUGACACUAUUGAAAGCUGCGAACCCCAGUAUCACAAGAGGGAGCAGUAUACAGCAAGCCCGGAGCCCGGGGAGUGUCAAGAGCAAAGUCUUAGCAGUGUCUAUAUGCAACAGGAAACGCUGGAAGGUUCCAGCCAAUUCUCGGACGUAUCUGAUCCCAUAGGCCCCAAUUUUUCCAAAGCUCUGGCGGAGGGUACAGCCAUGAACUCACUCCAUCAGCAACAGCCGGUAAUAAUCCCUGCGCAGAUGUCCAGCACUCUCGGCUCAGAUGUGGCAAAUCAAGGAACGCCACUAAAUCUCGCUAAGCUGCACCCAUCUCUUCCCAACCGUCCAGUCUGUGCCGAGCCACCUCCCCGAAUUGUUUCGACCACCGUAGCAUCAUCGCUGCGCGAGAAGUCACGAUCAACCUCCAAUAAUCAUGCAACAUCCCGACUCACGCGCGAUCUUUGGGAUACUCGGCGGGAAAUGACUGCCUUACAAGUACGCGAAACCGAGCUUGUAGCUUCAUUGCGCCGUUUAGAUGCUCCUCGCCACAUCCUCGAGUCUCGACCAGUGCAAAAAUUCUCAGAGCUUGACGUUCGUCUCGCUGAAGUAGAGAACGAAAUACGGCGAGAAAGAUAUAAGCGCCUUCAAGCCGAGCGAGGUCUCAAUGAGAUUGAGACGGAGAGGAGGGGUCCGUUUGUCGUUCCAGCUCUGUUUCGAGCGUUCUUGAUGAUUUCUGAGAUGGAUGGAUAAUCUCUCAGAGGCUUCGAGUGACUGGGGACUAAAGCAGGGAAAAUCCGUGUUAC